AUACAUUAAAAAGUACAGUGUACUUCAUUUGCCAUCUUGUUGAACUUGCGCUGUUAUUCGGAAAAAAGUAAACCAGCGGUUCUUGUAUACCCUUUAUUCAGUCUUUCAGGUAUGAUUGUAAUUUAUGUAACAGCUGCUUCACGUCAUUAAUUAAACUGGUUAAAAUUCGUAAUUAGUUUACUAAAUUAAAGGUUAAGUAAUAUUUUUUUAGCAAGAAGAUAUAAAAAUGUGUCUCAUUUGCCUUCAAAAAUAGAACCAGCCCUAGACAGGAAGUGCUGCCUGACAGACUCUGCUCAGGGAGUGCUGUAUUAAGAGCACACUAUGGCAGGCUGGGUUACCAAGGAGACGUGAGCUGCGUUUGUUGCUCUGUAGCCUUUGAUAAAAGCGGGCUCCGUGUGUCGCAUGUUCUGGUUAAAGCGGACAGCUGUGAAAUGGCAGAGCUUCACAUUAUAGGACAGAUCAUCGGGGCCAGCGGGUUUCCUCAAAAAAGCCUAUUUUGCAAAUGGGAAGUUCAUACGGGGGGAGCAUGGCGUCUUCUCUCGGGGCUGAAGGAGGGUCAGACUCAGGUGGAUUCCCCCCACAGCGGAGAAAUGGCUUACUGGAGCCACCCAAUUGAUCUGCACUAUGCGACCAAAGGUCUCCAGGGCUGGCCGAAGCUUCAUCUGCAAGUGUGGCACCAGGACUCAUUCGGCCGCUACCAGCUGUACGGAUACGGGUACUGCCACGUUCCCUCCAGCCCCGGACAUCACCGCAUAAGCUGUGUGACAUGGAGGCCGCUCGGCUCCUGGCAAGAGCAGCUAGCACGAAUAUUUGUCGGCGGAGGCCCCCAGCUCCGCAACCCGGAUCUGAUUUACAGUGGAGCGGACAGAUACAGACUGCACACCGAGGCCAUGGGCACUGUGAAUCUGGAGCUGGGCGUCAUCAUAAGACACUUUGACAAACAUGGCGUCGAGAGCUGAGACGUCAAAUAAGAAUGUUGUAUUGAUUGUUUUCUUAUAAAAAGUUUGUUUUGUCGCAAAUGCCUUUGAAAAAUUACACACGGCAAAGUUUUGUACAUUUCUAUGCUGAUGUUUUUACACCUGAAAUACAGCUAUAAAUAAACACUUAUCAUUGAA